AUGCCGGGCUAUGAAUGCGAUCGGUUUGUAGGGCUAAGCGCCGCCGACAUACAGGAGCUGUCGUGCAGUAUAUGUCUCAACAUAUUUCGGGAUCCAGUGGUCUCCCAGUGCUGUCGACAGACCUUUUACAGGGAUUGUAUCACUGAUUGGCUCCAAGAAAAUACUGUCUGUCCUUAUGAUCGGAAAACCCUAAAUGUGAAUGAACUACAUAUGCCACCUAGGGUAUUUGAGGCAAUGUUUGGCAAACUUGAGAUUAAAUGUCAGUUCAGUGAUAAUGGGUGUCCAUCGGUGGUACCGUUGGAUCAGUUGUCACAACACGUGGACUCGUGUCCAUACGAUGCGUCCAAAUGUGGGAAAUGUUUUUGUGAACAAACCUCUGGACACGACUGCAUACAGGCGUUACUCGCACUCAACCGGACGACUAAUAACGAGAUUAAAACAUUAAAUUUGAAACUCGAAUCUUAUAUGACCAGGGUGUUAUAUGCUGUUAAUAUACCGCAACCUAGUACAAGUGCUCCUGUAUCAAUUGAAUCAAUACUAACGACUGCCAGGAGUGAGAGGUUUAAUGCAGUGAUCGUUGGGUGCGAUAUGAAGGAUGACAUCCGACACAAAGUACUCGUUAUAGUGGCCGAGGAGUUGAUGAAUGACAUCCAAUUGGGAAAGUCCACAAAUUGGACCGAAAAUUUGGUGGCUAUUGGAACUGUAUAUUUGAUCACAAAGAGGGAGUAUCCAGGGCUGAGCCCGACUCACAUCCAGGAGCUAUCAUGCAGUAUAUGUCUGAACAUAAUCCGGGAUCCAGUGGUCACCCCGUGCUGUCAUCAAACCUUUUGCAGAGAUUGUCUCAUUGAAUGGCUGAAAGAAAAUACUGUCUGUCCUUACGAUAGGAAAACCCUUAAUGCGAAUGAACUAUAUAAACCUCGUAGGGUAUUUGAAGACAUACUAGGCAAACUUAAGAUUAAAUGCAAGUUCAGUGAUAAUGGUUGUCCAUCGGUGGUACCAUUGGAUCAGUUGCCACAACACGUAAACUCCUGUCCAUACAAUGCGCCCAAAUGUGAGUCCGACUAUGAAUGCGAUCGGUUUGUAGGGCUAAGUGCCGCCGACAUACAGGAGCUGUCGUGCAGUAUAUGUCUCAACAUAUUUCGGGAUCCCGUGGUCUCCCAGUGCUGUCGACAGACCUUUUGCAGGGAUUGUAUCACUGAUUGGCUCAAAGGAAAUACGGUUUGUCCUUAUGAUCGGAAAAAGCUAACUGUUAAUGAACUUCAUAAGCCAUCUAGGGCAUUUGAGGCCAUGUUUGGCAAACUUGAGAUUAAAUGUCAGUUCAGUGAUAAUGGGUGUCCAUCGGUGGUACCGUUGGAUCAGUUGCCACAACACGUGAAGUCGUGUCCAUACCAUGCGUCAAAAGUAUACACAAAGUCCAAAACUACAAGGGUAUUUGAAGCUAUACUGGGUAAAUUUAAGAUUAAAUGUAAAUUCAGUGAUAAUGGGUGUCCAUCGGUGGCACCAUUGGAUCACUUGUCACAACACGUGGACUCGUGUCCAUACGAUGCGUCCAAAUGUGGGAAAUGUUUUUGUAAACAAACCUCUGGACACGACUGCAUACAGGCGCUACUCGCACUCAACCGGACGACUAAUAAUGAAAUUAAAACAUUGAAUAAGAAACUCGAGUCUUAUAUGCCCAGGGUCUCAUAUGCUGUCAAUAUACCACAACCUAGAACUAGUGGCCCGGUAAGUAUCAAUUGCAUCGUUACUAUUAAUAAUGACUCUAUUGGCUAUUGGAACUGUAUCUGUGAUUACAAAGAGGUAGUAGCCAGCUAUGUUACGUACAAUAAAGGUUUCUGGAUUAAGUGCAAAAUUGGCCAGCUCAUAUUUGAUAUUUAUAAGGACUAUCAACAGAAGUAA